UGGGAGUAAAACAACAGAGCAGCUACUAGCAGUGAGGUCGUCGUGGGCGUGUCGGGAGCGCCCACGCCGUCGCACGCCAUCAACCAGGGGCCUCUCCCUCCGUGCGCCUGCCGCCCGGAGGACUGGACGGAGGUGGCUGUCUGCCUGCCUCUCGGCGUGCGUGCGCGUGUGCGUGUGUGUCACUGCCGCAGCGCAAUAAAUAAGCAACCCUCCGUCCCGACCUAGCUCGUUUCUCUCCUCUCGCCUCGUCCAUGGGAUGACGGGGCCGCCUUGACUUUUCGUGCCCAUGUUGAGUGCCGCAUCUGCGACUCCCGGCUCCUCCUGAGACAAGCAAGAAGAAAGAAUCCUUCUUCCCUCUUGCACCGGGCGCCGGCAAGCUCUUGCGGCGCGUUUCUUGCUGGCUGGCAUUGCUGGUGCGCGAUGGGGAACUGCGCGGCGAGGGGGGACACGGCGGUCACGGCGGCCGGCGCGGCCGGCGAGGACGGGAAGAGGCGGCGGAGGAGGUGGAAGGCGCCGCGGGAGGACCAGCUGGGGACGGUCCCCGGCCGGAUCUUCUCCAACGACGGCCGCAGCCGCACCGCCUCCGUCUUCACGCAGCAGGGCCGCAAGGGGAUCAACCAGGACGCCAUGCUCAUCUGGGAUGGGUUCGGCGGGGAGGAGGACGGCGUGUUGUGCGGGGUGUUCGACGGCCACGGGCCGCACGGCCACCUGGUGGCGCGCAGGGUGCGGGACUCGCUGCCGCUCAGGCUCAUGUCCGCCGCGCGCGCCUCGCCCAAGACCGGGCUCGACAUGCCGGCCGCCGCCUGGAGGAAGGCCUUCGCGCGCGCCUACAAGGCCAUGGACAAGGACCUCCGCUCCCACCCCGCCCUCGACAGCUUCUGCAGCGGCAGCACCGCCGUCACCGUCCUCAAGCUCGGCACGGACCUUUACAUGGCCAACAUCGGGGACUCGCGCGCCGUCCUAGGCUCCAGAGACGCCGCCGCCGGCGGCAUGGCGGCCGUGCAGCUCACCGUUGACCUCAAGCCCGACGUCCCCAGCGAGGCGGAGCGGAUCAAGAAGUGCAGGGGCAGGGUGUUCGCGCUGCAGGACGAGCCGGAGGUGCCGAGGGUGUGGCUUCCGUUCGACGACGCGCCGGGCCUGGCCAUGGCGCGGGCGUUCGGGGACUUCUGCCUCAAGGACUACGGCGUCAUCUCGGUGCCGGACUUCUUCCACUGGCCUCUCACGGACAAGGACCAGUUCGUCAUCCUCGCAUCCGACGGGGUCUGGGAUGUCCUAAGCAACCAAGAGGCUGUCGACAUAGUGUCCUCGUCCCCAAGUCGGUCAAAGGCGGCAAGGACUCUUGUCGAGGCAGCUAACCGUGAAUGGAAAACCAAGUACCCAACAUCCCGGACCGACGACUGCGCGGUCGUUUGCUUAUAUUUGGAUGGCAAAAUGGACCAUGAGCGUGAUUCGACCGCGUCCAUGGAUAACAUCAGCAUCGAGGAUGAUUCAGUCGCAGACCCUAACGAAGCGCAGGAGCAACAGGAGCCCGCCUUAACUCGCAAUUUCACAGUUAGGACAGUCCCGGGGAGUGCUCAGGAGAAAGCCUUGGCGGGCGCAGACGCCAAGGUUUCCGGUGGAGCCGACGAUCACAACUGGUCGGGCCUCGAUGGGGUGACGCGGGUGAACUCGCUCGUUCAGCUUCCCAGGUUCUCCGAGGAGAAGGCGGUCAGUUGACGACGAGCCGUCCCACCAUUCUAGUAUUCUUCUCUCCCCCCUUGUUGUUUGUUGCUCUGCGUUUAGGGUAGUGGUCAGUUGUUUCAGGGAAAAUUGUAGAAAUGGAACAGGCUUCUGAUUUGCUGUUGUGCUUCACUGCCUAGCAAGCCUUCCGUUGCUGUGCUUGGAAUUCGAGCUGUUGCCCCUUUUUACCCCACCAAAACUGUAUAUCUUGAAUGACAAAAGGCUCACAUUUUUCGGGUGUCGCUCGAUUAUUUAUGAAGAUUGGGGGGCGCGCCUCGAGGACGAAAAUCAGUAUUGCAUA